UAUAAAUAAAUAAAGUACUUGGGCUCCUUGAUAGAAAACCAUCAAGCAACACUUCAGAAUGUUACAGACAUUCAAAGAAUGGUUCUGGUUGGAAAGAUUCUGGCUUCCUCCCAAGAUGAAGUGGUCAGAUCUGGACGAUCACAAUGGACUUGUGUUUGCCAAGCCUUCUCACUUGUACAUGGCGAUUCCCUGUGCUCUUCUCUUGCUGAUUAUUAGACAUUUCUUUGAAAAGUUUGUUGCUACACCUCUAGCAAAAACAUUUGGUAUUAAAGAUACGGUCCGAAAGAUUACACCAAAUACUGUCUUAGAGAAUUUUUUCAAACAUUCUGCAAGGCAGCCAUCAAAAACUGACCUCUGUGGACUGGCAAAGAAAUGUAACUUGACAGAACGCCAGGUUGAAAGAUGGUUUAGGAGGCGGCAGAAUCAAGACAAGCCUUCCAGGAUGAAGAAGUUCCGGGAAGCUUGCUGGCGGUUUGCGUUUUACCUGUUGCUCAACAUUGCUGGAGUUGUGUUCCUCUAUGAUAAACCUUGGGCAUACGACCUGUGGGAGGUUUGGAAUGGAUACCCCAAGCAGCCCCUGCUGCCGUCCCAGUACUGGUACUACACCUUGGAGCUGGGUUUCUACUUGUCUCUCUUGUUUAGCCUUGGUUCUGACGUCAAGAGGAAGGACUUCCUAGCACACGUCAUCCACCACCUGGCCGCCAUUAGUCUGAUGAGCUUCUCGUGGUGUGCUAACUACGUGCGCAGUGGGACCCUUGUGAUGUUCGUGCACGACGUGGCUGACGUUUGGCUGGAGUCAGCUAAGAUGUUUUCCUACGCCGGUUGGAACCAAACGUGCAACACCUUAUUCUUCAUCUUUUCUGCCCUGUUUUUCAUCAGCCGUUUCAUUGUCUUCCCCUUCUGGAUCCUGUACUGCACGCUGGUUAUCCCCCUGCACUACCUCAAGCCUUUCUUCUCAUACAUCUUCCUCAACCUGCAGCUCAUAGUGCUACAGGCCCUUCACCUUUACUGGGGCUACUACAUCCUGAAGAUGCUCAAGAGAUGCAUAUUCAUGAAGGAAAUCCAAGAUGUGCGGAGUGAGGACGAGGAGGAAGAGGAAGAAGAAGAGGAGGAGAAAGAGGAAGAGGCUGGCAAGAGCAAAGAGAGAGACUGUUUGAAGAAUGGCCUUGGGACCAGCAGGCACCUGCUUCUGAACGGCCAGCACAGCCGCUAGCCCGCAGCCCAUGUGUGUGCUGACACAGUGCUGCAAGGACUGUGGGUGCCUGGGGCAGACCCGCCACUGGGCCCAGAGCCCCCACCG